AAAAUCACAAAAACACCCACUCCUCCCGUUUAUUCUAUCUUUCCCUUUUUCUCGCUCACGGCCAACGCCAUUCUCCACUCGCCGGCCGCCGUGAGCAACCAAUAGGCGGCCCAAAUACUGAAACUCAGGCUCUCGAAUCUCCCUAAUUCAGUCAUCGCCGUGGGAGCUUGUACUGAAAAUCGUUGCUUUCCCUCUCUAGUCGCUGUUCAUGAAUGGAGCUACUCCAGUGCGGGUGAGAGCAAUGAAUAGAUUUUGAAUUGGAGAAAGGAAUUAUGGAGGAGGAAGUCGAAAAGAUAAUAACGGCAGUUGCAGGGUCAUGGAAUCUUAAGAAUCACGUACUGCUCAAAUUCCAAGCUGAUUGAUAGUUACUGACCCCUAUAAAUGGCUCACAAUCACAUGAAUGAAGCCUUGACUGUGACAAGAGGUUUAGGAAUUCCUGAUGAAGAGGUCAUACCUGUAUAUAAAAAUCUGUUGAAAGUGUAUGGGGAUAAUUUGGAAUUUAUUGCAGAGGAGAACUACCGUGCUCUAGUGGAUGCAUAUUUUGAGCAGAAGGAUGACAGUAAGGAAGGGGAGGUUAAGGGUAUGAAAUCUGGUAAAGAACCUGAAAGGUUUCUGUCAGUUGGAAAAGAAGAGCGUGUUUUUCCUAAAUUGGAUCACACAAGCAGAAAGCCAAUAUCAAAAGAGAGUAAAACACCUUUAACAUCUUCUGGACCACAACUAAGUAAACCUUCUAAACCAAGUGAAUCCAAAUAUCGACUAGUUCAUCCACCACCAAGAAGCAAUGUAGAAAACUCAAAUUUUAUUGAACAAGUUAAAAAUAAAAUUUCUUUGAAUACACCACCUACAGCAAAACCAUUUGAUAGGCCAUUGGGUGAACCGAGUUCCUCGCAUGUUUCUAGAGAAAAGAAGUUGUUGCUAAAGCCAAGAAAGGAGAAACACUACUCGCCACUUUCUCCUAGGCCUAUUUCGACAAUUCACCCAGAACUGCGGAAGCCACCCGUUAAAGUUGGUGUUAAAAUGGAUAAUCCACCUCUUGAAGUUGGUGUGAAAAUGGAUAAUCCACCUCUUAAAAAAGCGAAUACGUGUGAAAAUGGAGAUACGCACCCUUUUUUUAAGGUACAAAAGAAACCUUAUAACUUUCUUGAGGACAUUUCAAAAGGGACAGAAAAAGUGGGAAUUUCACUAUUGGAUGAAAUUGGCAAUGAGCGUAUUCCAAAAUUUAAUUACAUUCCUCAAAGCAUUAUCUAUCAAAAUGCCAAUAUAAAUAUAUCACUGGCUCGAAUUGUGGACGAGGAUUGCUGUUCAAGUUGUUCUGGAGAUUGCCUUUCUUCAUCAUUACCGUGUGCCUGUGCUUGUGAAACUGGUGGAGAGUUUGCAUACACACCACAAGGACUUUUAAAAGAAAAGUUUUUAAAAGCUUGUAUUGAUAUGAAAGAGCAGCCAGAGGACCACCACUUUGUUUAUUGCACAGAUUGCCCUAUUGAGAGGUCUAGGAAUGAUGACAAAUUUGAGAAAUGUAAGGGACACCUGGUAAGAAAGUUUAUUAAAGAAUGCUGGAGAAAAUGUGGCUGUGACAUGAAAUGUGGAAACAGAGUAGUCCAACGAGGUAUUUCAAGAAGAUUACAGGUUUUCUUUACCAGUGAAGGAAAAGGAUGGGGUGUUCGACCACUUGAUCCAUUGCCUGAGGGAGCAUUCGUUUGUGAAUACAUUGGAGAAGUGUUAACCAAUAUGGAGUUGUACAAUAGGAAUAAAAAAAGCAGCAAAGAUAGGCAUACAUAUCCUGUAACACUGGAUGCAGAUUGGGGCUCCGAGGGGUUUCUAAAAGAUGAAGAGGCACUUUGUUUGGAUGGAACAUAUCAUGGAAACGUUUCCAGAUUUAUCAAUCAUAGGUGCUCUGAUCCAAACUUGGUUGAUAUUCCUGUGGAAGUGGAGACACCUGACCGCCAUUUUUACCAUCUUGCAUUCUUCACCACUAGGAAAGUUGCUGCUUUAGAAGAGCUUACUUGGGAUUAUGGGAUUGACUUCAAUGAUAAGUAUCAUCCAAUUAAGGCAUUUCGUUGCUCUUGUGGAAGUCCAAAUUGCAGGGACAAAACAAGGAAGAGGAAACAAAUCUAAUGUCUACAACAUUUCUAAAGAGAGUAGGGAUAGGAAGCCGCUUACCUCAAUUGGUUUUAAGAUUUCAUACAACAAACUUUUUGUCGUAUCAGAUCAACCAUGAUUUUUUUUUAAAGCAGAUUUUGACAAUUCACAAUUCUAUGCUUUUUGAGAGCAUCUCUAACCCUAUAUCACUUUUACACCUUUUGUUUUGGGUUUUGAGAGAACAUUUUUCUUUUUGAAAUGGCAUUCUUUUCCAUGUACAUAACACAUUCACUUCCUUUCUUCUAGUGACAACGUUUUGGCAUCCACUUUUUCAAAUAAGAUGGGUUGAAUUUCAAACUAUA